AUGAUUAAGUUCUUGAGCUGUGUACUCACACCAUACGUGAAAAGACCACAAGAAACGCGCCCCGUGAACGAUUUCCAGACAAUUAGGCCAUUAUUUUCGGAAAUAACGUCGACUGGCGGAGCUCGUACACCCCAUGACGGAUGUAAUUUGAAUGAUCUGAAGCGAUUUCGCUGUGUAUCAGACUCAGUUCACACAUUUUCUGAUCCAUACAUAUGA